UGCUUGUGUUAACAAAUUCGCUUAAACAAUUAUUCUGCAAAAUACAUUCAGAUUUUUAUGUUUCGGUCGACAAAAUAAAAGCCAUUCCAUCAGUCGUAAGAAAACUAUUGAAGAAGCCAGUAUAACUAUCAUUGCAAUUAUUUGACAAAAAUGAAAAUAAUCUUUGUUUUACUCUCCUGCGCUAUUUUAAAUGUUUUGGCUACUUAUGAUACUUUAAACAAUAGAAAGACACUUGAAAUUACAAACUUCCUCUUUCGCAGACAUAAAAGUGCCAACAACAUGUGUGACAAAAUAAAACAUGUUGUUGCACGACGUGAACUCUCGAUGGAGAAAUUGACUUUUAUGUUCGCACUACCUGAACAAGAUUUUGGACGCGACCCUGAUCUCCAGAGGGAAUUGGAGCUUUCGCUGCAACAAUGGUUACUCGAAGGUUCAGGCUUGACUGCCGAUGAGGCUGCAGCUUUUGCUCGAGGUCGAAAAGGAUUGAAAUGUCUUGGAGAAGAAAGAAGAAGUAUGUUAAAAGAAGUUUUAAUCAAUAUUAUAAUGGACCCAAGGAACCACAAUAUGAAUUUUGAACACACAUGUCGAAUCAUAGGAUUGUUCCUAAGUACAAAUCCAACAAAUUACGUAACAUCUGCUGAGGUUUUAUCCGACAAUACUUGUGUCAUAAGUCAAUGGGCGAGAAUCUUGAUGUCAUGCAAAUACGUUGAUAAUCUUAUACUUUUUGUAAACAACGAUAGACAUGACGUGACAGGGGGUAGCGUAAUUUCUUUUAUAAAUAAUUAUUAGUAUAUUAGCACACUAAUAUCAAAAUUGUUAAAUAAUCUAAUGUACUUUAUAAUAAAAAGUCUU